AUUUCUAAUUCAUUUGGUCGCCACUCGCAGACGACUACAGCGACUACGUUGGCCACUUGGUGUAAUACGUUGAACCACUGUCGAAACUCGCUAUUGGCUGUGACUAAAGUCCCUCAUAUAGGAACAGUUGCGUUUGGUUAAAUGUAUGGUCGUGGAGAUCCUUGGGGGAGGCCUAUGCCCAGCAGUGGGCGUCAUACGGCUGUUGAUGAUGGUCCGCGCCACGAAAGAAGUCCCGCGGAUUUUAAUGGCAAGUCGCAGCGGCCGCACGACUUGUAACGGGGCGCGUAUUCUUUUUUAAAGUAUACAGACUUUUUUUUACGUGGCUUAUUACAGUUUACCAACCAUGUGGCAAUAUCCUUUCAAUGAGUCAUAUUUUCCACAUAGUAAAGUUUACCCUGGUUAUGGGUAGUUUUUAUUUGUGGCAAUACGUAUAAAAACUAUACCUGUCUCAUAGCCGGUUACACGGUGAUUUACACCCGUAUUCUCAGAUGUCACUCAAGAUUUCCUCCACUCGACUCAACCUUGGUUGAGGAUUUUUGGUAUUCAUAGUUGACAUUUACGUCCUCGACUUAUGGUUCUUCCUCACUGGAGGUGAGUAAAAAUUGAGGAAUGAACUGUCAAAUGUAAGGUACCUCGUGACCUACCUUAAGGACUACUCAACGCUUGAAAUCCGUGCGAACGCUUGUUGUGACGAUACUUUUUAUAUUACAAACUUCGAUUUUUGUUAUUAAAAUGAGUGAUAGUGACUUAUAUAGUGACUUUGAAGAGUUUAUGGAUUAUGUUUAUGAUAAUCCUUACGAUUAUCCGGCGCGGAAAUAUAUCAGAGACGCUCAAAACCCUUUGGAAUGUUACGACGAAGAACAAUUUCAAAAACGCUUUCGAUUUAGGAAAGAUACCGUUGUUCAUAUGAUAUUGCCACUGAUUGGAUUGCAAUCAAAUGUAACCAACAAAGGGUUACCUUUACCACCCAUAUUGCAACUACUCAUAGCGUUAAGAUUUUAUGCUACAGGAAACUUCCAGAUUGUUUGCGGAGACCUGCAUAAGAUCAGUCAGCCAGUUGUAUCUAAAAUCGUGGCUAAGCUAUCGAAAAUAUUAGCAAUGAAAGUAGUUGAGUUUAUCAAGUUCCCUGGAGCACACGAGAGAGCCAACGUGAAGAGAGCAUUUUACCAACGUGCUCAAUUCCCAGGGGUAAUCGGGUGCAUUGACUGCACUCGCGUACCAAUUAAAAAUCCGAGUCGGGAAAAUGGAGAACUUUUCAGAAAUAGAAAAGGUGAGUUCUCUAUAAAUGUACAACUAAUAUGCGGGCCACAAAUGUUGAUUUACGACAUUGUGGCAAGGUGGCCAGGAUCUGCCCAUGAUUCCCGCAUAUUCAGCAACAGCCGUUGUAGUAUGCGCUUUGAAGAAGGGGAUUUAGUAGGUGCUGGCAUACUUUUAGGGGACAGUGGAUAUGCACAGUCGUCUUACACGUAUACUCCCGUGCUAAAUCCACAAACACCAGCUCAGGAGCGCUACAACAGAUCCCAUAUCAGUACUAGAAAUAUUAUAGAAAGGCUGAAUGGUGUCCUGAAAAGAAGAUUUGCUUGUUUAAGCAGGAAGCUUCAGAACAAAAUAAAAAAUGUCCCUAACAUCAUCGUGGCAUGUGCUGUAUUGCACAAUAUCAGUGUUAACACUAACCAAGAAAUGCCAGAACCCUUGAGGUCAAGGAUAGACCCACCAACACCUGUUCCAGACAAUGAACGAGGUAGUAUUAUAAGAGCUAGUUUUAUCGCAAGACAUUUUAGUUAAGUAUAAUUUUGUUAUGUUAGUUAUGUUUCCUCAGCAAAAAGAACGCCUUUUGUACCACUUGCUUCUUGUAUUUAAAUAAUAAAGAGUUACUGUAUUGUGUUAUGUACUAGUUUAGUUUCUAUCUAGUUGUUAGAUAUGUAUUAAAUACCUAUAAUAUUAUGUUAUAAUUCAUAUAGAAAAAG